AUGAUGCGUAAAAAUAAAUAUACUGGUCCCUGUGCAGUUGAAAAUUGUAAAGAAAAUGAAAAAAGUCCCGAGUAUGUUACUUUUAGAAGUAUAACUGAUAAAGCAUUUGAUAAGUUAACGAAGCAUCCAGAUUAUUUAAGUAUAAAUUAUUUAAAAAAAAAAUCAACAACUUUGUUUUACACAUUAUAUGUAGAACAUAAAUAUAAAGAAGUGAAUAAAAAUGAAUUAUCUG